AUGCAGCACCCCCUGCAGCGGGGGUGUUUGCUCUGCUGGGGCUGGAAGGUGGCAGCAGCAUGCUCCCGGACCACCGUGGGGCUGGGCCUACCCUCUCUCUUUUCAGGCUGUCGGACAGAUACAGGUGAAGCUUGGGUUUGCCCUACAGUGCUGCGCGCCCUGCAGCUGGUGGCCGGGGACCCCACGCGAGACUAUGAGUGCCUCCCUGUGUGUGGGCUCCCUGAGUUCACCCGGGCAGCCACAGAGCUGGCGAUCAGUCGGGAGAGCCAGGCAAUCCUUGAGAACAGGGCUGGUGGUGUCCAGACAGUGGGAGUGACUGGAGCUCUCCGGAUCGGAGCUGAAUUCCUGCGGCGCUGGCACUGUCAGCACAGCCCGGGCCCAGCCAGGGUUUAUAUCGCUGCGCACCAGCUGGACUUUUUCCAGGGGAUAUUCCAUGAUGCUGGCUUUGUGGAUAUCUGUCCCUACCUGUACUGGGAUUCAGAGAGGCUGGAUGUGGCUCUGGAGGACUUCCUGGAGGUGUUGGAGAGCUCACCAGAAGGCGCCAUCAUUUUGCUGCAUGCUCCUGAGGGAACCGGCCUGAGCCCUUGGCAGUGGGAAGAAGUCGCCCGAGUCAUGGAGGCGAGUCGCCGGAGUCAUGGAGAGCAGGGCAACACCGCUAUUCUCCAGCUCUUGCUGCCACCUGCCCUGUCCCUGACACAGACAGAUCCUCACCGCCGUCUCUUCCCUUUCUUCGACAUCCCUGGGCAGGGUCUGGCCUCCGGAGACCUGGACAAGGACGCCUGGGCUUUGCGGCACUUUGUGGCCAGAGGGUUCGAGCUCUUCUGUGCUCAGUCUUUCUCCAGAAUUUUUGGCUUGUACGACGAGCCCGUGGGGAACCUGAUCGUGGUGGCGAGGGACAACGUGGCACUGACCCGCGUCCGGUCCCAGCUGGAGAAGGUGGCGGCAGCACUGUGGGCCAGCCCCACCUGCUUCAGUGCCCGCGUCAUUGCCACCGUGCUCAACAACCCUGCCCUGCGCAGCAAGUGGAAGCAGAGUCUCCGGGCCAUGGCGGAGAAGAUCAUGUUGAUCCGGGCCAAGCUGAAGGAGAAGCUGCGGAUCCUGGGCACCCCAGGCUCCUGGGAGCACAUCACCACCCAGUUGGGUACACACAGCUUCAUGGGGCUGCUCCCUGUCCAGGUGGCUUAUCUCGUGAAGCUCAAGCACGUCUACCUUCACGCAGAUGGCCAGGUCAGCAUGUGCAGCAUCAACUCCCGCAACAUGGAUUACGUUGCCCAGAGCAUCCAUGAAGCAGUGGUGGCCACGAUGCUGGGACUCAGCCAGCACCCAGACCACCUUGCAAGGGCCAGUGAGUGGGCCAGCAGCUUUGCUCUGCCCAGCAUGGCCUGUUCUCCCCACCCCACUUACCUUCAAUAAAAUGGUGAGUUCGACCUCCA